GCUUACUAGUACGAUGAUGCAGCCACACACCUGCCAAGAAGAACUUCGGGAAUGACAUCCAAUUGCAAGCUUUGGAUGAGUCUCACACAGCGCGCAACGAAUAACGUUGGUAAAUAUAUCGUCGUAAUCCUCUAUAGCGGUAGAGCGCUUAGAAUAUUGACUAGAAGGUGAUGACAUCAUAGUUAUGACGUAAUCAGCAAUAAUGGGUGAUUAAGUAAGCUAGGCGAAAGUGAAGCAGUACUGCAUUUGCUAACGCCUCUUCCCUUCUUCAUCUUGAUCUAUACCUCAUCAUCCUCCUCAAUUAUCUUAUCUUAUUCUCUUUAAUAAUGUCUACCUUCCCUAUCUUUCAUAACCUUAACAGUGGAGCUGGCUUCCCUGGAUUGUCCUCUUACUCUGCUGAGCAGAUAUCAUUAACCCCUAUGGAACAACCCCUGUACGACCACCAAAAAGCUGCCGACCUUGCUGCGCUGGAUGUAAUACCGGAACACGAUUUGCUCGCCAUUUUGGGGCUCCAAUCUUCGUCUGUGCCUUGUGCGCAUUCGUUCCAUGCCGACUCUUCCAUUAUGGAGGAGUCACUCUCAGACGUUCGAAAUGAUUUCACUGCCGCCAUUCGAACUAAGGUUCCCCAUCCUCGGGUAGCUCAUGCCUGCGAUUACUGCAGGCGCCGAAAAACAAAGUGUUCGGGGGAACAGCCAGUGUGUACGAGCUGUAAAAAAAGGGGCAAGGUGUGCCAGUGGACUCCUCUCAAAACCACUAAAGAGCGGCGAACUCGAAAGCCCUACGACGUUGGUCUUGAAUAUAACCCUCGACCUCGUGUACCUGCACCAUCUGCCCCGUAUAUUGCGGCACCUAGGGCGACCUAUCCGAGCGUUAUGCUCCCGAAUCCGAUGUCCAUUUGGUCUAUCGAGGAUGCUAUGUCUGCAUCGCAGGCCAGCACGACUUCGAAUGCGCCCACUGUGAUACCUACUAUACAAACACCCACUAGUUGGAGUACUCCUGCGCAGUAUGAUUGGCAAGAUGUCGACAUCCCAUCCCCUCUUUCCUCCUGCCCUUCAUUAGGGAGCGACAUCUCAUCUCGCGAAUCAUCGCCUGUGAACACACCAACGCGCGCCGACUCAAUACCUACCUCGUCUAGCCCAUUAUAUUUUCCCGUGGAAGAGGCGGAACAAAAUUUCGAAGACAUUGAUGUUUUCUUCAAAGAUCUGUAUCAGGAUCUAUCUCCCGAUUGGUCUUCGGUCUUACAAAGCUGGCCGGAUGAAACUGAGACGUUUUUUGCUCAGUAAGCACCAGUACCACGUAAUU